UCAAUUUUACCCGUUGUUUUCAAAACAAGUCACUAUAAAGUGUUUAUUUGACUACCACCUACUUGUGAGAUUCGUAAUUUAUUGCAUAAUAAAAAUCAAACUUUAAAGAAAAUCUAUGUGACGCCUGAAUUUCCUACACUCGAGAUCAAUGAAAACCGAAUUUGUUAUGAGUGACCAGUUUUCAUUGCUUUGAGUUUUGUAUCUGGGGGCACGAUAUUUCUAAGAAGUAGAGUUUGUGAAGUUAGGUCUUGUAGAGUUAGAAGCUCGGCUCUACAAGAGAUCUGAUAACAUUUUAAGCCUAAAAAUAUUGCUAAUAAGAAAAGAUGUGGUUAUUUUCAUUACUCGUAGGAUGUGCCUCUGGCGUGAUGUUAACACAUGACUGUCCGUACGGCGAGAACUACAGAUCGUGCAUGUUCUACGAGGAGUACACAUGUUGGACGAGCAAAGACCACAAAGUGAGGAGUAGAACACCAGCUAGGAGGCUCGAUCACUGCUGGGGCGGCUGUGUUUGCAAGCAUGAAACAGUACGUGCUUAUCCUGACGGACCGUGUGUGGCAGCAUACAGCUGCAGAGACCAAUACUUCAUGAAAACCCUGGCUAAGUUGCCCAUGGACUUUGUUUAUUUUAAAUAAAAUAAAAAUAAGAUUAUCUACUGCAGAUAAUAAAACAUGUUUAAAUGGAAAAA